AUGAAGGAGACCAGGGUGGUCAUCAUGGGAGGUGAGUGGCCUUACGGGCAGGGUGCCAGGCAUCGCAAAGCGGAGGGUUCCUCCACUCUUCCCGCGAAUCUACAGCUGGCCUAUGCGCGCUCACGAAAGAAGCGGUCACCUUGAGACAAUCGCGUUGUGGCUUUCGAGAUGGCACAAGAGGAACGGGGAAUGGCAUGCUGGAGUGGAAAGGGAGCAAAGGAUGUCGGAAAGGUGCACGAUGCCGUACAUACAUUCCUCGAGCGCAUGGAAGGAAUGUUCGAAGAGGGGUGCAUUGACUUGUCGAGGCAAAGUGCUGUGCACGGCAUGUCCCGGCUGCUUGCUUGAACAGUCUCCUACCUCCCUCACGCGAGAGGUCCUUGGGUCACUCGCCCUUUGCGAGCAUCAUAGCCAAGCGCGUAGUUCCUGGGCUCAAAAGCGGGCAUCUUGGCUCAUCAGUCGGGAGGUGGGAAGAUCACUGGCUCUCUUUGCAGAGCAGAGGCUUACCGCGAGUCUCUCUCAAAAUCGACAGGUGGUGGAGUGGGCAAAUCAGCUUUGACAGUUCAAUUUGUUCGAAACGUCUUCGUAAGCACUUACGAUCCGACAAUCGAGGAUACGUACCGGAAACCUAUCAUCAUCGAUGGGCAACACUGUCUGGUGGAGAUCCUAGACACGGCAGGGUGAGUCCUGGGCGAUACGAGAUGGACUGCUCUUCGGAACCAGCAUAUGCUAACGAACCCGGGGGUACCACGACUGAGCAGCACGGAACAGUUCAUGGCGCUCAAGGAGUUGUACAUGAAAAGUGGGCAUGGAUUCAUACUCGUCUUUUCAUUGACGCAUCUCGCAAGUGUUAACGAGCUUGGUCCGCUGCGGGAACAAAUUGUUCGGAUAAAGAACUCCAAGGUGAGCCUCGCGCAAGCGUGAAGUAUCAAAGAGGUAGAGAGAGGUCCGUGUGAGCUGUCAGACACGUCUCGAUCAUGAGCUCAUUUCUACCCGCCUCGUUUCUGCAGGUUCCGCUCGUGCUUGUGGGCAACAAGUCGGAUCUGAGGGCGGAGAGGCAGGUUCCUCGGGAGAUCGGAACCAAUCUGUCGAGGGCGUGGGGAAACGUGCCAUACUACGAGACCUCUGCUCGGAAACGGAUCAAUGUGGAUGAAAUAUUUGCGGAUGUGGUGAGACAAUGUAGGGCUUUCGAUGCGGCGCACUACGCCAGUGGGGCGAAGGAAAGGGGCAACAAGGACAAGAAGAAAUGCGUCGUCAUGUAA